CAUUAAAAGGUUUGGCCCUCGUGCUGGAAGUCAGGCCUAAAGUCCGUUCGGUUUAUGGCCAAUUAGAGAGCGCCUCAUUUGCAUUGGUCUUGAAAUGGUCAAAUGCGAAUGUCUCCUCGCUGCGGGCCUGGUUCCAUUGAUGCUGACCGGCUGCCUCGUGGCCACUUGGACUUGGAGGUGUUUGUACAAAGAAUUCCCAGUGGACGUUGAAAAGAUCAAGGGCGGCUGGUAUGUUUAUGCGACUAGUCCUGGGAAAAUUAAGGUCUGCUACUUUGAGGAGCUGGAUCUCUAUUGGACAAGGAUCACACAAACAGACUUCACAAAUUAUGCCGUGGAGCUGCACUGUUCCUUGCCUUGGAUGCGUCAUCAGAUGGCGAUUUAUACCCGGAAAGCAAUUCCGAGUAAAAAGACUCUCAAUGAUAUAGCCUCGUACCUCAAGACUGUGGAUCUGACAAUCAAAAACUUUAGCCUAAUCCGGCAGAAAAAGGACUGUCGGUCGAAAAAGCCUCCGAUCUUGCAACGCUGGCAUUUGUCCCGAUAUCUGUACAUGGAUUAUAAUCCGGUGUAUGUCAAGCCCUUGGUGGAGAACCCAAACAUCUGAGCCAGCCAUUGUGCGGCAUCUCUGCUCUCCAACGGGCCACUUUCUUUACCCCGAAAUUUACAUAUGCCAAAUUUGGUACAAAUAUGCGAAUGUCAUACCAUCGACUGUCGCAUAACAAAGACCGAGCGAUCAAGAAACCCGAAGUGAUGAUACCCUUCGCAAUAAAAAGUAUUAUUAGAGUUUCUCGCACAGAAA